AUGAUAGGUGAAGUUGCUGAAGUCAUGCUCCCUCUCCUUCCCAGCACUCGACACCGUGCCAUUCAGGGGGACACACUCUGUGGGUCGGUGGGAGUUUCUCCUCCUCCUCCUCUCUCUUGUCCAUUCCCAGUAGCUGGUGGGGUAUCCACUGAUGGGACUGGAGAAGCAGUGGCGGGAAAGAGGGCAGCAGCUGCAGCAGCCACCUCUGGCAGAGGUGCAGUGCCUCCAGCUUUGCCCGCCAGCCCCCAGACUAGACUUUUAAAUGUAGCUGAGAUUAACCUCAACAAUAAAGAUGCCAAAUGGUUAAAAACCAUAAAAUAUACCAGUAACAUCACUGAAUUUAUUCCCUUGGGACUUUCCCAGAACAUGAAAAUCAAACAUGUGUGCUUCCUAGUAUUCUUAUUUUGUUACAUAGCCUUUUGGAUGGGAAACUUGCUCAUAAUGAUUUCUAUCACAUGCAGUCAACUAAAUAAUCAACCCAUGUAUUUCUUCCUUAAUUACCUUGCUCUAUCAGACAUGUGUUAUACCUCAACAGUGACACCCAAGUUAGUCACUGACUUGCUGGCAGAAAGUAGCACAAUUUCAUACACAGACUGCAUGGCGCAACUUUCUUCCAUGCAUUUCUUUGGGGCGAUUGAAGUCUGUAUCCUCACUGUGACGGCCUCUGACUGCUUUGUGGCCAUCUGCAGGCCCCUGCACUGCACCGUCAUCAUGAGCAGGCACAGACGCUGUGCCAUGGUCAGUGCUUGUUGUGCUGGGGCAUUUCUGCACUCCUUUCCCCAGGGUCUCCUCACCAUUAACUUACCUUUCUGUGGCCCUGAUGAAAUAGAUCACUAUUUCUGUGAUGUGUAUCCUUUGCUGAAACUGGCCAACAAGGACACCUAUGGAGUUGGGAUCCUAGUGGUGGUCAAUGCAGGCAUGAUGGGGUUGGUGAUCUUUGUGGUAGUGAUGCUUUCCUACAUUUUGAUAUUAUAUACCAUCAAGGCUUACCCUACAGAAAGCUGGUACAAAGCUCUUUCCACCUGUAGUUCCCACAUCACAGUUGUGUUUUUUUUUUUUGCACCUACUUUCUUUAUUUACAUUAGACCAGCCACAACGUUUCCAGAACAAAAGGUGUUUGCUCUCUUCUACAUCAUCAUUCCUCCCAUGUUCAACCCUCUGAUUUACACUCUCAGAAAUGCAGAGAUGAAGAAUGCCUUAAGGAAGGUGUGGUGCUAG